GAGACACUAAGCUUGUGAGAUAAAGUGAGACAUGAUGCUGCCCGUUGUCCUGCUGCUCAUGCCAAUCCUCAGUCCUGCUUUGGCCUGGAUACCGUUGGAGGACUGGGAAUCCGGCAAUGUAACUGCAUCAGUGGGUGAGUCAGGUCAGUGCGUUUGUCAUGUGUCUGUGCCUGAUACCACCUUCCCUGCAGACCGGGUUCAAAACAUGCAACAAGUCACCAAGGAUCUGAUCCUGGAAGUGAAAAUCCAAGUGAACAAGAUGGUGAGCUAUGAGAGUAAGAUGGAGAUCUACUUGGAACAACUGAUGGAUCUGACUGUUAGAGUGGCCAUGUUGGCAAGCAGCCCUGACAAAUACAUCAAACUGGACUUUGAGCUGCUCAAGACUGAGCUGAAAGAGUUUGAGGCUCUGGUGUCUCAGCUCAAAGGCUCCAUCAAUGCUUCCUCUCCCAUGUUCGACAGUCUACAUGCCGAGAUUCGCAACAUGACCAACAUUGUGAACCAACUGGAAACCUACGACAAGAGCAACCUGGAAGUGAUCCGUAUCGAGUUUGGCAAACUGCAGAAGAAGCUGGAGCAGUGUCAGAAGGAUCAAGAGUUCACUACGCCAGAUAUUGGUAACUGCAACAACACAGGAAUUGGGACAAUCAGCAAGCCUAUGGUCGCUCAGUUGAAUGCUCACUUAAAUCCUAGUUAUCAGUAUGGUGGUUGGGGGAAGGACUCCAAACCUGUUCGAGGCUAUGAAUCCAUGUACUGGUACGGUGCAUACACUGGCGCUGCAGUGUAUGACUUCUAUUUGUACUCUAACUAUGAUAAGCUGAUUCUCAGGUCUUCAUUCAAAAGCUAUCAUCUCCAGAGCGGUUGGGAGGGUAAUGGUAACAAUUACAUUGUUCACGGUAAUACCAUAUACUACCCGCACAACACACCUGUAGGUACUAUGGUCAAACUGAACCUGACCAGCUCCAAAUAUGAAUACAGAGUCAUCCCAGGGGUCAGUCAGAGAUUCUCAUACACUUACUCACCGGAUCAGAACCUGGACUUUGCAGCUGAUGAGAAGGGGUUGUGGGUAAUGUAUGCCACAGAGGAGAGUAAGGGGAAAAUUGUCCUUGCUAAGAUUGAUGAGAAAUCUUUCGGCAUUGAGAAACAGUGGAAUACAGGUGUUUUCAUGCAGUUAGCAGGUAAUGCCUUCAUGGCCUGUGGAGUCAUGUAUGCGACUAGAUCAGUAGACCUGAACACAGAGGAGAUCUACUACUCAUUCAACACCAACACAGGGGAGGAGAAACAGCACAACAUUCAGUUUCAAAAGUUCCAGGAGAAGUACACCAACCUGGAUUAUAAUCCCACUGAUCAGAAACUCUACAUGUACAACACUGGUUACUAUGUGUCCUACAACACAAAGUUCAACAAAGAAUGAUUUCUCCUCUUUUUGAUCCAGCGUAUUGUGAUUGAUACGACUGAUC